AUGUUCGGAUCCAACGCUAAACUCUUACCACAAGAUGAAGUGAAAUUGCUACAAACAAUAUCGGACAAGUUAGGAAACUUGAAUUGGAAGGUUACACAAGGUUCUUGCAAUGAUGAUAAUGGAUUUGGUAACAAGAAUAUUUCGAAGGAUAUUUUAAGCAGUGUCACAUGUGUUUGUACUUUCAAUUCUAGCACUGUUUGCCAUGUCACAAAUAUCUUGCUCAAGGGUCUGAAUAUAUCUGGAGUUAUUCCAAGUGAAUUUGGAAAUCUCACUCAACUCAAAGUACUUGAUCUCUCUAGGAAUUAUUUAUAUGGUUCAAUUCCAAACACUCUUGGAGUCCUCUCACUUGUGACAUUGGCAUUUUUGGGAAAUCAACUUAGUGGUCCAAUUCCCUCAGAAAUUGGUAAUAUUGCAACCCUGCAAGAACUGACCUUAGAGGAUAAUCUACUUGAAGGACCUCUUCCUCCUAGCCUUGGAAAUUUGAAACACUUGGAGGAUUUAAAGCUUUCUGCAAAUAAUUUUACAGGGGCAAUACCAGAAUCAUAUGGAAAUCUAAAGAAUCUAACUGAUUUUAGGAUAGACGGAAGUAGUUUAUCUGGGAAGAUUCCGAGUUUUAUUGGAAACUGGACGAAACUUGAAAGAUUAGAUUUACAAGGCACGUCGAUGGAAGGUCCAAUUCCUCCUGCGAUAUCUCUCUUGAAAAGUUUGAAGGAAUUGAGAAUAUCUGAUUUGAAGGGGAACACAACCAUGGCAUUUCCUGAUCUGAAAAAUUUGACACGCAUGACAAGACUGGAAUUGAGAAAUUGCUUAAUCACUGGUCCUAUUUUAGACUCUAUCGGUGAAAUGGAAAAUUUAAAAACACUAGAUUUGAGCUCCAAUAGAUUGACGGGUCCAAUUCCAGAUUCAUUUGAGAAUUUGGAAAAUAUCAAUUUCAUGUUUCUGACGAACAACUCUCUAAGUGGAACAACUCCCGGAUGGAUAUUGACCAGCAAAAAGAACUUUGAUUUAUCUUUCAACAAUUUUUCCGAGUCUUCUGCGACUACUUGCCAGCCCUUGGACGUGAACUUAGCCUCCAGUGUCUCUUCUUCAGCAAACACUUCACUGUCUUGUUUGAAGGCGAACCUACCUUGUUCGGGAAAAUCUCAGUAUCAUUCACUGUUCAUAAAUUGUGGAGGACCUGCGAUUGGGGUUGAUGACAAAGACUAUGAAGCCGACGAACUUUUACGUGGAAUUUCGAACUUUGUUCAGAGUGCUGAUGGAAAGUGGGCUUAUAGCAGCACAGGAGUAUUUCUAGGAAAUGAAAAAGCUGAUUAUGUGGGAAAUUAUAAUGUGAAACUUCAUUUUGCUGAGAUAAUGUUUUCUAAUGACCGGACUUUUAGCAGCCUUGGAAGGCGCAUAUUUGAUGUUUCAAUUCAAGGUCAUAAAUAUUUAAAAGACUUCAACAUUAUGGAAGAAGCCGGUGGAGUUGGCAAGGAAAUUAGUCGAGACUUCAAUGUUGAUGUUAAUGAUAGCACCUUGCAAAUCCACUUGUCAUGGGCAGGAAAAGGAACUAAUGCAGUUCCUAUGCGAGGUGUAUAUGGACCUCUUAUAUCUGCUAUCACCGUGACCCCGAACUUUAAAAUUCCUUCGAAUGGGUUGUCUGCUGGAGCAAUUGCUGGAAUUGUGAUUGGAUCAUUGGCAUUUGUUUUGCUGAUACUCUUUGUCCUUUGGAAGACGGGUUACAUUUUUCGGAAAGAUCAAACAGACAAAGAACUUCUAGAAUUGAAAACAGGUUAUUUCAGUUUGAGACAAAUUAAAGCUGCUACUAAUAACUUCGAUCCAGAAAAUAAGAUAGGUGAAGGAGGAUUUGGGCCAGUUUACAAGGGUAUACUGUCAGAUGGUGCUGUGAUUGCUGUUAAACAGCUCUCGUCCAAAUCAAAGCAAGGGAACCGCGAAUUCGUAAACGAAAUAGGCAUGAUAUCUGCUUUGCAGCAUCCCAAUCUUGUGAAACUUUAUGGAUGUUGCAUUGAAGGAAACCAAUUGCUGCUUGUAUAUGAAUACAUGGAGAACAAUAGUCUUGCUCGCGCUAUUUUCGGUAAGCCCGAACAAAAGUUGAACUUGGACUGGCGCACGAGGAUGAAGAUUUGUGUAGGGAUAGCAAGAGGUUUAGCCUAUCUUCAUGAGGAAUCAAGGUUGAAAAUAGUACACAGAGAUAUUAAAGCAGCUAAUGUUUUACUUGAUAAGCAUCUGAAUGCCAAGAUCUCUGAUUUCGGUUUAGCCAAGCUCGAUGAAGAAGAAAACACUCAUAUCAGCACGCGAAUAGCUGGGACAAUAGGCUACAUGGCUCCUGAGUAUGCUAUGCGGGGUUACUUGACCGACAAAGCAGAUGUAUAUAGUUUCGGAGUUGUAGCUUUGGAGAUUGUAAGUGGAAUGAGCAACACAAAUUAUAGGCCAAAAGAGGAAUUUGUUUAUCUUCUGGACUGGGCCUAUGUUCUCCAAGAACAAGGAAACCUUCUAGAGUUGGUGGAUCCGAGUCUUGGUUCAAACUACUCAGCAGAAGAGGCCAUGAGAAUGCUGCAAUUGGCACUCCUUUGCACCAAUCCAUCUCCAACUCUUAGACCACCAAUGUCAUCUGUAGUGAGCAUGCUUGAAGGAAACACUCCAAUUCAAGCGCCGAUAAUCAAGCGAAGCGAUAGUACAAGUGGCGCAAGAUUUAAAGCCUUUGAGCUUCUAUCACAUGAUAGCCAAACUAAUGUUUCUUCAACAUCCUUACAAGAUAGUAGAGAGCUAAGAGGCAAAUCAAUGGAUGGACCAUGGGUUGAUUCUUCCAUAUCUUAUCCAAGUAAAGAUGAUUAUUCUUCAUCUGAUAGGCUUAUUUGA